UUCAAAGUUAAACAUUUAGUUUGUUAAAAUCUUCCUGCCCAAUUUUUCACCAAUAUCAGACAUUAGGAUUUAUAACGAGUUACAAACACUACCUAUGAUGCAAAAAGUUUUUCAAAGCUAAUUGAUCUUAGACACCAUGGUCUGAUUCUUCUCACUCCAUCUCAUCACACUGUGUAUCUAUAGGAUUGCAAAACGUCCUGCUGUUAUAAUGAGCUCCACCCCUCUGGGAAGCAUUUCUACUCGAUUUUGGAGUGUUUUUGGUGAGAUCAGACAGUCGGAUGUUGAGGAGGCUCCAGUUCCAGUUCAUCUCCACGCUCUGUGAUUUGUGUGCGGCUGCAUUGUCGUGCUGGAACAGGUUCGAGCCUUCCAGUUCCAGUGAGGGGAGAUUGUUCUGCCGUAACACCACUGAGCUCUUAUGCUCCUGCAGUGAUGAGGCUGGAGAAUCUGAGACCUUCCUUGACAUCAUCAGCAGCGUAACAUGAUCCCAUCUGUUUUUCAAGACGUAAAAUCUUCAGAGGUUCAGUCUUCCCAGUGGCACAACACCACACUGCAAAACGUCCACGGCUAAAGCAGAUCUCCUAAACUCUUAUAGUAAAACUUUGGUGUGUGUGUGUGAGUUUGUAUGUGUGUGAACCGGUCAUCAUGGCUUCCGAGAACGUGACCUUGGAGAAUCAGCUUGACAGUGCGCAGAAGAACCUGCUGUUCCUGCAGCAAGACCACGCCAACACGCUGAAGGGCCUGCAUGCAGAGAUACGCCGCCUGCAGCAGCACUGCACUGAUCUGACAUACGAGCUGACCUGCCGCAGUUCUGAUCCGAAUGAUGAUGGCGAGGCUCGUUGCAGAGAGCUCCAGCGUCGCUGUGAGGAGCUGGAGGAACAGCUGAAGGCCAAAGAGCAGGAGAACAGCGAGUUGCUGCGCGAGCUCGAGCAGAAGAACGCCAUGAUCUCGGUGCUGGAGAACACCAUCCGCGAGCGUGAGAAGAAGUACCUGGACGAGCUGAAGCUCAAGAGCCACCGGCUGGCCGUGUUAUCCGGGGAGCUGGAGCAGAGAGCCGGCACCAUCGCCUUCCUCACGGCGCAGCUCCACGCCACCAAGAAGCGCCUUCUGGAGGGCGGAGCCGCCUUCAAACCGUCCCCACCGGCCGAAGCGAGGCUCGAGUCACCCACCAACAGCGCCGGCAAGCAGCCGGACACGCCUCGCAGGCGCAUGCGCAAGAGCCUGUCACAGCCACUGCACUGCGAGUACACCGAGCUCUACAGGGUGGGCGCAGCCGACGGCAGAAGGAUCGUCCUUCGGGAUGCCGCGGGAACGAUGCCCGACCCCGCGCCGUUCCUUCAGGCCCGAGACACGCCCGCUAACCCUGAUGCACAGCCGGUGGUACGCGAACGACCCCCUGUAAUCCCGCCCAUCGCCUCCGCAACAAGCCCCGCCCAUGCUCCUGUGCCUCCGAGCCCCAGGCAGCAACGAGGCUCCGCCCACGUCGGCGUGGCACAUAGGAUCCCUCAUCCACCUGUGGAAGUGGAGACGCUCGCUGUGGAUCAGGUUAGCGGAGAAAAGGUGGUGCGUAAAGCAUCAGGCACUGACAGAACUGUUUAACACACACACACACUCACACUCACACACACACACAGUGUCUUACACUCACACUGAUUACAGCCAAUGCAGUAUGAGCAGGACUGAAAAGAAAAACACACACACACACAAGCAGUGUAUAGAAAUCACACUAUAUAUCUCUCAGUACUAUAACGUUGGAAUAAUUCAUGUAGCCACACAAACACACCGGACGACACACUGGGACACACUCCGGCUUCACAGGACGGUGACGGAAACAGGAGCACGGACGUGUCCUGCUGAUGACACUGACCGGGACGCGAGCCUCUCUAUAGCCUGCUGUUUAUGCAAAACUGCGACAAGCAAAGAUCAAGAACGUUUUUUUUCAUGUUCAACAUCACGUCUGUUUUUUAUUAUUAUUAUUAUUUGGACGCCGCAUGCCAAAUGUUUCGCUCUCCUUACCUCAUUCUCACGCUGAUUUCGGUCAUGGUCUGGUUCUCUUUAUUGUCGUUUUUUUCCUCCAAACUCGGUAUAAACAGCCAAAUCUCGUCAUCGCCGCCUUUCAUUCUAGACGCAUAUUUAUUGCGGUAGUGAAGCAGGUUUGCACUGUCCUUCUGCCUGGUCUGUACAGGUCACUCACAUUACUGUAGACUCCUGCUGCUUUUUUCCCCCAAACUGUAACACAUAAAGCAAGUGAGAAAACAAA